UUCCGCAACCUUUAUCACCAGUACAAACACCAGUUCAAAACAGCCCACGACAAGUCGGCCGAGCUUUUCAGCGCAGAAAAGGCCCAGCGCCAGGCGCUCUACUACUUCCAAAGAAGAAACAAUGCCCUCCUCAGAAUCCUCGAAGAAUACAACAAGGUGGAAGACCACCUCGACUUGGAGUCCAAUGCGUUUGAUGACGAGAAAAUUGUCCGUAUCGCCCAUACAGCUCCUCGUUUGAGCCACAUCUUGAAGCCUAUCUUGGAUUUGCAGCGAGGACAAAGCAUCGACGUCGACAGGGCCCACUUAGUGAACCUCCUCGUGCAUGAAACCAUCCCAGAACUCAUCAACGAUGACCUUCUGACCAUCGAAACCAAUCCUCAAGAUCCAGAUAACUGGUGCAGAAGAAACGUGCCCAAUCUUGUUACUGCAAAAUUCAGGCCAAUCAAAUUGCCAGCA